AUGUCGGGACCACCGCCUCAGCCGCAGAGGACGGCCAGUGUAGGACCUCAGAACGUUCCGCCUACUCCAGGACAUCCUCCACAACAACCUGCGCAACCCCAAUCACAGCAGAAUUUAAAUCAAAUUGUACUCGAGUAUCUAGCCAAGAAGGGUUAUAACCGGACGGAAGCAAUGUUACGACGAGAGAGCGCUCAUGCAGAUGCUGAAGGUCGACCUAUCAUCCGCCGUGCCGAGGAUGCUGGUGGAGAAAUGUACGAAAAGGCCUACGAACUCUUACUGCGAUGGGUCGAAAAGUCUCUGGACAUCUACAAGGAUGAGCUCGGUCGAUUACUAUGGCCCAUCUUUGUUCAUUCUUUCCUCGCUCUGGCCGCCAACUACUACCCUCGUCAAUGCGCCAAUUUCUUCAAGACUUAUCGGGAACAAUUCGAGAAGGAACAUCAGGACGACAUUCGCGCGCUGCAGGCCAUUAGCUUGCCAGAGCAUGUUCAGAAUAACCACAUCGCCAAGCUCUACCGCGAAAAUCAUUACAGACUCACAAUCACCGACCUGGCAUACUCGGCCUUGUUGCAGUUCCUAGAAGCUCACGACACCGAGGGAGGCUCGGUCAUCCUUAAUCUAAUCACAAAUCACAUCGAAUUGAAGCACGUAGAUCGAGUGGCUUCAGGAGCAGAGCGCAGUCUUGCAAGAAUCCUCGCAAAACAAAGAGGUAUCUCAGACGUACCUGCUGAAGACGAGGGCAUUCCUGGACACAACCCUGGUUCGGCAAAUACUGAUCGCAAUGCGCCGCCAGUCUUGGCAAAACUUGCGCUUGCGCCAAUGCCCAUGGAGGCAGACUUGAUGGAAGAUGUGAAAGCAGAGCUACAAGAGCAUGAUGCGCUACAUCCACCUCCACCUGGCCGUAACACGCUCGUCGAAGAGUUCGAGCAGCGCAUUAAGCAGGAGCCGAACGACGACGCGCCUUCACGCGACCAAAUCCCAUUCCCACCUUCUCUCGCUCGUGACGUCGCCAUGGAAGUGCAAAGGAUCAAGGAGAAUCGCGAUAGAUUCAAGAUCGAGAGCAGAACAGAUGGCGUUGGCCCAGGUGUCAGUGUGACAAUGUUUACCUACCACAACACCUUCGACAGCAUCAACUGCAUUGAGUUCUCUGGUGAUGAGAAGCUUGCAGCUGUCGGAACAGCAGAGUCCUACAUCCGAGUCUGGUCACUCGAUAACAAGCCUCUCGUCUCUCCUCUCGACCCUCCCACACAACAACCAUCUUCCUCAAGACGCUUGAUCGGACACUCUGGCCCUGUCUAUGGUCUGUCUUUCUCACCAUCUAUUGCUCUCCCCGCAACUGCCGCGCAAACCAACGGUAACGGCAACAACGACUCACAAACAACUCCUUCUCAUCCUCGCUAUCUUCUUUCAUGCUCCGCCGAUAGCACCAUUCGCUUGUGGUCGCUUGACACCUUCACCAACUUGGUAGUCUACCGCUCGCAUACUUCUCCUGUUUGGGACGUCAAGUUCUCUCCUUUCGGCCAUUACUUCGUCUCAAGUGGCGCCGACCGAACAGCACGUAUGUGGAGUACAGCACAGAUCGCUCCCCUACGAUUGUUUGUUGGCCAUGACAGUGAUGUUGAAGCCAUCUCAUGGCACCCCAACUCAGCCUAUGUCUUCACAGCCGCUGGCAGUCCAGACCGCAGCAUUCGCAUGUGGGAUGUGCAGCGUGGCAGUGCUGUACGUCUGUUCACCGGCCACACCGGCAAUGUGACCAGCAUAGCCUGCGCACCUAACGGUAAACUUGUUGCCAGUGCUGACGACCGUGGAGAAAUCCUACUCUGGGAUCUGGCAACCGGUCGUCUAGUCAAGCGCAUGAAGGGACACGGCCGCGGCGGCAUCUGGACCUUGGACUGGAGCAUUGAAAGCACAGUUCUCGUUUCCGGUGGCGCAGACUGCACAGUCAGAGUCUGGGACGUCCAACCACCUACUGUGUCCAAUGCAAGCGAUGCAAAGGCACUUGCUGACGGCGGCCUCAACGGUAAAGACGGAGGCGCUGGAGCUGGAGGCGCAAACACCAACAAGAACAAGAAGGCUAAGGACGUUGUUGUUUCGCCUGACCAGAUCAGCGCUUUCCCUACCAAGAAGAGCCCAGUCUACAAGGUCAGGUUCACACAGAUGAAUUUGGUCAUGGCUAGUGGAGCAUACCUGCCUUGA